UAAAACAAACCCACCAAUUUCUCAAACCCAACUCUCUCUCAAAAAUUAUCACUAACGCACAAUACAAAACGCAUCACAGCCACCGUUUUUUUCUUCCUCUUUUUUUAGCGGAAAAAGCUGCCGCUAAUGCUUCCCAUUUCGAACAACGCGUUAUCGGAAGCAUUACCUCACAAAAAACCCAAAAUCCCGUCCGAGUUAGUGGACCGCAAGAACACGUUCAACUCAGCGAUUCUGCAACCUAUUCUCCACCACCACCCUCGCAUAUGGCUCCUCCUCUCAAUCCUCUCCGUUCAGGUCCUCCUCCUCCUCACUCUCCGCUCUGUCCCUCUCUCGCUCUCUCUCCCCCACCCCCACACCCACACCGACACCACCCACACUCACGACGGCGACCUCCACUUCCAACCGCCGCAACCUUCCAAUUCCACCUCACCCGACCCGCAAGACCAAUGCGGGUUGGGCCGGGUCUACGUGUACGACCUCCCCGCAGCGUUUAACGCAAAGAUCCUCGCAAAUUGCGACCGGUUAAACCCGUGGACCUCACGCUGCGACGCUCUGGAAAACGGCGGGUUAGGUCCGCUGGCAACCGGGCUGGCCGGGAUCGUGCCGGAGAAUCUAGCUCCGGCUUGGUACUGGACGGACCAGUUCGUUUCGGAAAUCGUUUUCCACAACCGGCUCUUGAAGCACAAAUGCCGGGUCAUGGAUCCGGAAUCGGCUACGGCGUUUUACAUUCCGUUCUACGCUGGGCUCGCGGUGGGGAAGUAUCUGUGGUCGAAUUCGAGCGAGGAGGAGCGCGAUCGUCACUGCGGGAUGAUGCUGAAGUGGGUCCAGGACCAGCCGUAUUUCAAAAGAUCCAACGGCUGGGAUCACUUCAUCACGAUGGGUCGCAUCACGUGGGACUUCCGGCGGUCCAAAGACAAAGACUGGGGCUCCAGCUGCAUCUACAUGCCCGGGAUGCGCAACAUCACGCGCCUCCUGAUCGAGCGGAACCCGUGGGACUACUUCGACAUCGGCGUGCCCUACCCCACUGGAUUCCACCCCAGGUCCGACUCCGACGUCGCCGAAUGGCAAAGCUUCGUCCGAAACCGCCGCCGCACCAGCCUCUUCUGCUUCGCCGGCGCCACGCGCGGCGCAAUCAGGAACGACUUCAGAGGCCUGUUGCUGACCCAAUGCCGAAACGCCAACGACACGUGUACGGUCGUCGAUUGCGGCGGCUCCAAAUGCUCCAACGGCACCUCCGCCAUCCUCGAAACGUUUUUGAGGUCCGAUUUUUGCCUGCAGCCCAGAGGCGAUAGCUUCACCCGCAGGUCGAUUUUUGAUUGCAUGGUGGCCGGUUCGAUCCCGGUUUUUUUCUGGAAGCGAUCCGCUUAUUACCAGUACGAGUGGUUCUUGCCGGGCGAACCGGAGAGUUACUCGGUUUUUAUAGAUCGUAACGCGGUUAAAAACGGUACGCUAGUGGAGCACGUGCUGAAGCGGUAUAGUAGAGAGGAGGUGAGGAAGAUGAGAGAGAAAGUGAUCGAUUAUAUACCGAAGUUAGUGUAUGCGAAACCCCUAGAAGGGUUGGAGAGUGUAAAGGACGCGUUUGAUGUGGCCAUUGAUGGUGUGCUACAACGGUUCAAGGAGCAAGCGGAGUGGGGAUUCAAGUGGUAAUAGAAUAGAGAGAGAGAAUCUGGGAAAUUAGUAAUAGUAAUAGUAAUUAGUGACCAGUUAUUACAGUUUUUCGAAUUUUGUUUUUGUUUUUGGGGGAUUUGGUAUAUGUAUUCUUCUACUAAAUCCCAUGAUGUUGUAUACGGUUAUAGAUAUUCUUAGUUAUUUAUAUUGCUUAUUACAAUUUGUAUUCUUUGGGAUUCA